GUCAGAUAGGAGGUGGUGAGGAAGUGUGUGAGUGUUCAUGCAACAAGAAGAAAUCAGUCCUCAGUGAUGGCAAAGGAAAAAUACGGAGACUCCCGGACAUUUGACCCUAAUUUUAAAGGGCCCAUUCACAACAGGGGCUAUACUGAUGUUCUUUGCUGUCUGCUUUUCACUCUGGCCAUGCUGAGUUAUUUGGCAGUCGGAUAUCUGGCCUGGUCUCAGGGGGACCUGCGGAAGGUGAUUUACCCCACAGACAGUAGGGGGCAGUUCUGUGGUCAAAAGGGAACCCCACUGGAGAAGAAGCCCUUGCUGUUUUAUGUUAACAGUCUGAAGUGUGUCAGUAUGCAGGUGUUGCUGGAGUUUCAGUGUCCCACCACACAGAUUUGUGUGGAGAAAUGUCCAGAGCGGUCGCUGACGCUGUUGAAUGCUAAACUGAGAGAAGAGGACAUGCAGUACUACUCACAGUUCUGUAAGGAGGAAGUGAACACUAAACUGACGGCUCUUGAACUUGCAAAAGAUGAAAUGUGUCCGGUGGCGAUCAUUCGCAGCCAGCCGAAUGAGAAGUCCGACAUCAUUGUAGAAGCUCAGGAGUUGGCCAUGAGGAUCUUUCAGGAUGAAAAUUACACAAAGUGCUGGCACUGGAUCCUGCUUGGAUUAGUGAUUGGCAUGGUGCUCAGCAUGGUCUUCAUUGUUCUUCUGCGUUUUCUGGCUGGGGUCAUAAUCUGGACGAUAAUCAUCUCGGUCAUCUUCGUUAUUGGUUACGGUACCUUCCACUGUUAUAUGCAGUACGUAGCUCUGAAAGGCCAAGCUGGAUCAGAUGUUACCAUAAAGGAUUUGGGGCUGCAGACAGAUUUCUUCAUCUACCUGCAGAUCCAGCAGACCUGGCUGGCCUUCACAAUUAUCCUGGGUAUCGUGGAGCUGGUGAUCCUUCUCAUCCUCAUCUUCCUCAGAAAGAGAAUCGUCAUCGCCAUCGCUCUCAUUAAAGAGGCCAGCAGGGUGCUGACUCAUAUGAUGUCACCGCUGUUCUACCCUCUGCUGACCUUUGCGCUCGUGUCUCUGGUGAUCACGUACUGGGCCGUCACCUCUGCCUUCCUGUCCACCUCCAAUCAACCGAUCUAUAAAGUUUUCAACACCACAGAGUGUGAAUACUCUGGACAGACCUGCGACCCUCAGAAGUUCAACAGCUCUAAAGUCUUCACGCAAUGCCCAGAUGCAGAAUGUCUGUUUGCAUUCUAUGGCGGAGAGACGUUCCUCCAUAAGUACCUGAUCGUGUUCCAGUUCUAUAACCUGUUCAUGUUCUUCUGGUGUGUGAACUUUGUGACGGCGCUGGGUCAGGUGACCCUGGCCGGGGCCUUUGCCUACUACUACUGGGCCUUCAACAAACCGGCUGACAUCCCGACAUUCCCCAUUUUCUCCUCACAUGGACGGGCCCUCAGGUAUCAUACAGGCUCCUUGGCCUUCGGUUCUCUGAUCCUCUCCAUCAUUCAGGUGAUCAGGGUGAUCCUGGAGUAUCUUGAGAAGAAACUGAAAUUUGCUGAAAACAAAGCUGCUAGGUUCAUCCUGAGGUGCCUGACGUGCUACUUCUGGUGUUUGGAGGAAUGCUUCAAGUUCCUCAACAGAAACGCCUACAUCAUGGUCGCCAUUUACGGUAAAACUUACUGCACGUCUGACUAAGACGCUUUCUUCCUCCAGAGGAACAUUGUCCGAGUGUUCAUGCUGGACAAAGUGACAGACUUCCUGUUGUUUCUGGGAAAGCUGCUGAUAGUGGGGAUUGUGGGAGUCUGCUCUUUCUUCUUCUUCUCAGGGAAGAUAAAGGUUGUGGAGGAAGCGGCUCCGUCACUAAACUACUACUGGGUUCCCAUUGUGACGGUGGUGUUUGGCACCUACAUCAUCGCCCACGGCUUCUUCAGCGUCUACGGCAUGUGUGUGGACACUCUGUUCCUGUGCUUCUUGGAGGAUCUGGAGCGCAAUGAUGGAUCUGCAGAGAGGCCGUACUUCAUGUCCACGAGUCUCCAGAAGACACUUAAUAAAAAAAAAACAAGGUUAUGAGCAAAUAAACCUCCAGAGAGAAGAGACAAAGGAGAAAAAAACAGGAGGAGAAAGUGGGAGAACCCAGUGAUCAGAGAUGGUUUUAUUCGUAUUAACAAGGUGGACUUCAGUCAGAUCACUUUACUGUUCAUUCUGACCAGCCGGUUCAAACAGUGCAGAGUGUAAUAUUGUGAGUUUUGAGCUGUUUCACUGUUACUGAGUGUUACAUUCGCAUUUUAGAGGUUAAAUUCUUUAAUAUUCAUCUGUUCUGACUGUAUAUUUACA